UCUAGAAAAUUUGAUUAAAUGGCUCGUACAAAGCAAACCGCGCGAAAAUCUACUGGAGGAAAAGCUCCCCGAAAACAACUCGCCACCAAGGCAGCACGAAAGAGUGCCCCAGCAACAGGUGGUGUCAAGAAGCCUCAUCGUUACAGGCCCGGUACUGUCGCUCUUCGUGAGAUUCGUCGUUAUCAGAAGUCGACUGAGCUUCUAAUCCGUAAGCUGCCCUUCCAACGUCUCGUCCGUGAAAUUGCUCAGGAUUUCAAGACCGACCUUCGUUUCCAGAGCUCAGCUGUAAUGGCCCUUCAGGAGGCUAGUGAAGCUUACUUGGUUGGUCUGUUUGAAGACACCAACUUGUGCGCUAUUCACGCCAAGAGGGUCACCAUCAUGCCCAAGGACAUCCAGCUUGCCCGCCGAAUCCGUGGCGAGAGAGCUUAAGAUCCUCUAAUACCUUAUCAAAAAUGGCUCUUUUAAGAGCCGCCACAUAAAAUAAAAGUCUUGAUCUAUGCUUUCUAUUACCAACACCAUCUCCAGCAUGCACGCUCCCUGCUUCUAAUCCCAUGUCGUCCUAACAAAACCCUACUACUAAUAACAUCUUUUUAAUGGUGGUUCCACCAAAAUGCCUUAUUUCUUUUUUCUUUGUUAAUCAUCUUAAAAAAUACGGUSCAAGUAAGGGCUGGUUCGCACAUGUUAACAUAAUAUACACAAUACUUUUAACAUAAGCGUAAGAAACACAAGUGUGAACCGGGCUUGCACAAAGYAUAUUACCGCCGGUAAGCACAAGGAAUGGAAACUCUUGCCAUUUUUUAUGCUUGUACUUUCGAAAUCCAAAGUGUAUAGCGGCUGCGUAAAAG